UUAUUAUGGUCUGGCCCUUUAAGAGGGAGCAGCGGGUCAGCAAGUAGCGUAGUGUUUCUCUAAUUGAACUUCGCAAAAGCAAUCAACAACAACUAGUUAGCAGUUGCUUGUUGUUUUUUUUUUUUUUUUUAUUUGGUUUUUGUUUGUUUGUUUGUUUGUUUUCUACCUUCUCGAGACCGCUUAUGUUCAUGCAUGCAGCGGCCCCCUGGUCAGAACAGUUACACAAGGUAAAGUUCUUCAUGGAGCAGCUCAGAGAACACUGGAUCCGCAUAAGAGGACUAAAGUUUGGGUGCCUGUGACGCCUUGAAGCAUGGUGCUUUUGGAGAACUAUUUCAGAGUGAGGAAGAACAACGAUUCUGCUUAAAGAAAGCGAUAGAACGUGGGUUUUAUAUGCAUAAGGUGUCGCGGUCGUCUGCACGAACAUUUGCGUGAACUUGGUGACUUCUGUUUGAAAUAGUUUCUUGGGACUGAGAUGACCUCCAAUACUAAAAACAUGAAGGCAUGUUCCGUUUUACAGUCCAGCGGCGAGGAGAGGCGGCGCGGUCCCUUGGACCAACUCCCACCUCCGGCAAACUCCAACAAGCCUCUCACCCCGUUCAGCAUUGAGGAUAUUUUAAAUAAACCCUCCGUGAAGAAGUCGGUCGGUACUCUGUGCGCUCCGCGGGUGCUGGAGAAAGUGACCGGCUCGAGUGCGACUCGGAACGGGAUCAGCGCUCCCUCCUCUCCGUUAUGCGCUCUGGAGGAGCUGGCAAGCAAAACAUUUAAAGGUCUGGAAGUCAGCGUUAUACAAGCUGCAGAAGGUCGCGAACAUCUCAACGCCUUCGGCCAAAGACAAGCCUCCAAAAAACGACGAAAGUCCCGCACAGCGUUCACAAACCAUCAGAUUUACGAGUUGGAAAAGCGCUUUUUGUACCAGAAAUACCUGUCACCGGCCGACAGAGACCAGAUCGCACAGCAGCUGGGUCUGACCAACGCGCAGGUCAUCACCUGGUUCCAGAACCGACGGGCCAAGCUCAAGAGAGACCUGGAGGAGAUGAAAGCGGACGUGGAGUCUCUCAAGAAAAUCCCACCGCAGACACUGCAGAAACUGGUGACCAUGGAGGACCUGGACGACCCCCAUGGUGGCUCUGGGCCCCUUUCUCCCAGUCUUUCCCCGAGGGCCUUUCCACAGUCCCCGUCCUCAUCCAGAGGCCAAACCACAGACGAGUUCUCAGAGGAGGACGAGGAAAUCGAGGUGGACGAUUAAAAAACAGGCCCUUGUUUUCAGAGUAGGACAUUUUUCACAACUUUUGCACGGACUCUGCAGAGAAUGAGAAGAAUGCAAGGAAAGUUUUCUGUCUCCCUUAUUUUUAAUUUAUUGAAAGGAUUGUAAUAUCUCCACAUUCUGAUGUCCACAUUGAAGACGUGAUUUAAGGAAUACUUUUGAGAAAUGUAUAGAGAUAAAUGGUACAGUAUUCAGAGAGCCACAUGUGUAUACAGUGAUUUAUUUGGCCACCUGAUUUUCGAAGGACACGUGUGCAAUUGAUUACACCGUUCAGCACACAUUUAUGACCGCUCUCUCUCUCUCUCUCUCUCUCUCUCUCUCUCUCUCUCUCUAUAUAAACUAUACGCCAAAAGUGAUUUUCAUUUACAUUCUCAGUUUAAUAGAAUUAUAUAUUUAUAAUAAUUUCAGAACAAAACAAACAAACAAACAAAAAACCUCAGAGAGCUAAUUAACCAAUUUUUGAAUCUGAAUUGUAAUUACCAAGACACAUUUCUCAUAUUUUUACGUUAUAUAUCCCAGUUCCUGGCACAAUUCCUAUGAUUACAGGCAUUAUUGACACAUUAUUAAAAAAAGAGCGUGUUUGUCCAAACAAUGCAAGGGCAAGGUUGUGUAUAUAUAUCAAGUUAGGAUGCAUCUAACUCGUUACAUUUAUUGUAACAUUCUAUUUAAUCCUCAUUUAUGUAAAUAAAUGGUAUAUGUAAUUUCACAAUGUUUCUUGAUGUGACCUUGUCCUCUGAGUCAAACUUUAAUCAUGCAUACUAUAUUGAGCUUUUGUUAAAUUAAUAGCCAAUAUGAAAUAGAACCAGUCCCUAAACACUUUUCUAUGCAAGAUGAUGACAAAAUGCUAGUGCACGAUAGUGCAUAUAGCCUACAUACUGCAUAAACUGUUUUUCGGCACACUCUUGUGGGGUUAAACAGCUGAGAGAAGCAAUGCACUUUUA